AUGGAAAACUCGACUCUGAAGCGAAGAAGAGAAAGUUCCUCUGGACAACAAUACCUUGUUUCCAGUAGUCGACGUGAGCUUUUUUCAGAAGAAUCGACUACUUCAGAAUACGGUUUACCGGACAUGGAAAACAUGGGAGAAGGUGAUGUGAGAGAAGAUGAGGAUAUUGAAAAGGAUGAAUCGCGUGAAGUGUCGUCAGGUUCAGAUGGGGAAGAUGGAGAUGAUGAAAGAGAGGACGAUGACGAUGAAAAUGAAGACGUUGAACGUGAUAAGGACAAGAGUGAGGAUGAUUUAAAAGAUGAGGAUGAAGAUCAAGAGGUCUCAAAAAAGAAAGAUGAGAGAGAUGAGGACGAUUCAAGUGAUUCGGAUGAAAAAGAUGAAAUCACUGUUCCAAGGAGAUUCCCGUGGAAGAAGGCUGAUGAUGAUAAUGAUAUUGAUGUUGGUACAGCAGAUAAGGUGGAAGAGGAAGCAGAAGACAAAAUGAAACAAAACAAGUAUUAUAAAAAAUUAGUAAAAACUAUUGACGACAAGGAAUUAGAUGAAGAUCUAGUAAAAGCAAUAUGGAAGUUUGUGAAAGGAGGAGAUAAGCGUUUUGCUCAUAUUAUCGGUUUAACGCUUUACGAUACUGAAAAAGAAUUUUUUGAUCAUCAUCUCUGCGAGGAAAUUGUGGAGAGAGCAAUUCAAUAUUGGGGAGAACAUGGAGAUUUGUCGGAUGAAGAAAAUGAAGAGACCGAGAAUGGAGGCGAUGAGGAAACAAAAAAUGAAGACGAUAAACCAACCAAGUCUGGUUUGGAUGAAGCUAUCGAGAGUUCACCCAAUCAAUCAAAGAAAACAGAAGAAAAUAUCUCAUCGGACAUUGAAAAAGAGUUAUUGAAUUCUCGCUCUUACUCACGUAAAGAACUUCGGUUCAGAAUGUUGGAUAGAUUGAUUGAAGAAGAUGAAUUCAAAAAAGAUGUUGACCCGAAAGAAUGGUUUUUGGAGGAGUUGGACUACUAUGAAUGUGGUAUUGAAAAUGUGAAUCAGCAAAGGGCUGACCGAGCUUGGCAGAUUGUCCGAACAUUUGGUUCCGGCUUCAACAUGAGUAUUGGAGCAACGUUCUAUCUCACCACCAGAAAGGAAAUUGAUUUGGAGUUCCUGGAUGAAAUGCUCGAUAAAGCGUUCAUGCAAUACAAAGAAGUUGAAGAUGAACUCCGAAAAAAGGUGGGUGGAGAUAAUUUAAAAGGUGAUUCAAUUUACAUUUUGUCAAGUUUCAGGACGACGAAGAAGAUUAGGAAGACGAGGAAGACGAAGUGGGUCAAGAUAACCAAGCCAUCCCUGAGAGCUCUCCGUCUUUAUCCAAGUGAUGAUUUGCCUACUCCUCCCGCUUCCUUUCGUCUCAAAAUGUAA